AUGGGCAAGGACUAUUACCGCACGCUGGGCCUGGCCCGCGGCGCCUCGGACGAGGACAUCAAGCGCGCGUACCGGCGCCAGGCGCUGCGCUACCACCCGGACAAGAACAAGGAGGCGGGCGCCGAGGAGCGCUUCAAGGAGGUGGCCGAGGCCUACGACGUGCUCAGCGACCCCAAGAAGCGCGAGAUCUUCGACAAGUACGGCGAGGAGGGUGAGCUGCGGGGAGGGGGGCACCGGGGGACGCACCUGGACCGAGUGGGGACAUCGGGGAAGGCACCUGGACCGGAGGGGGACAUCGAGGGAUAUUUUUGCCCCCUCCUCAUCACCCCGAAUGGCCCCGAACGGUCCCCGAAUUGUCCCUUAUCGGCCCCUCACGCCCGCUCUGUCCCCGCAGAGCUCAAGGACAAGAUCCUCACGAUCGAGGUGAAGCGCGGCUGGAAGGAGGGCACCAAAAUCACCUUCCCCAAGGAGGGCGACCAGACGCCCCACAACAUCCCGGCCGACGUGGUCUUCGUGCUCAAGGACAAGCCCCACGACGUGUUCCGCCGCGAGGGCUCCGAUGUCAUCUACCCGGCGCAGAUCAGCCUGCGGGAGAAGGUUCUGGAGGUGGAUGGGGAACAUCUAGAGAUGCUUGGAAAGCCAGAGGUGGGUGAGGAACAUCUGGAGAAGGUGGGGAACAUCUGGAGCCCCGAGCGCCGCGGCGACCUCGUCAUCGAGUUCAGCGUGCGCUUCCCGGAGCGCAUCCCGCCCGCCGAGGUGAUGUUCUGCACCCUCAACACGCACAAGGUGGACAUGGAGAAGCUCCUGGGCGGCCAGAUCGGCCUCGAGGACUUCAUCUUCGCCCACACCAAGGGCCAGCGCAAGGAGGUCGAGGUCUUCAAGUCCGAGGAGGCCCUGGGCCUCACCAUCACGGACAACGGCGCUGGCUACGCCUUCAUCCAGCGCAUCAAGGAGGGCAGCGUCAUCGACCGCGUCGCCGUCAUCGGCGUUGGGGACAUGAUCGAGGCCAUCAACGGGCAGAGCCUGGUGGGCGCCCGCCACUACGAGGUGGCCAAGAUGCUCAAGGAGCUGCCCAAGGGCCGGACCUUCGCCCUCAAGCUCACCGAGCCCCGCAAGGCCUUUGCCCCGGGGCCGCUCGGCCUCGGUGAGGAAAGCGGCCUCCUCCUUUCGAGGGCCGAAAUUGCUGGGGAGGCUCCGGCCUCGGGAUUCCUGGCCCUGGGCCGCGAGUUCCCUUCCGAAAGGGCCUCCCCGUGGUCCCGGCGAGGCCGUCGCCGAUGCGAUACGGACCCCUGGUGA